GGGAGCGGUCAGUCACCGGGAGCAGCCUCUGUCAACUACACCCUACUUCCGACCUGUGAGUUUCACCUUAUAUCUGGUCUGUGCGUUCCACUUUACUUCUGGCCUUUGCGUUCCACACACAGGAAGUGGAUAUAAUCGGUUGCAUAAUAUACUCAACCGUUUGCUGGUUGAUUCUAUAUCGGAGUGGGAGAAGGGACCUUCUGACGUAUCUAGGGGAGGAGACCCGUCACCAGGGGGAGUAGCAUCUACCUUGCUGCAACCUCUCAGUGUGCGUCGUGAUCAGUCACUCCAGCUGUGAGGAACCAGAGUCUUUAUUACACGUCACACGUUCUGUAUUCUCACCGAUUCCCUGAGGAUGGACACGGACAGAAGUCACAAGACUGAGACGAUAAUAAAUAUCACCCUGGAGAUCAUCUACCUGCUGACUGGGGAGGAUUACACAGUAGUGAGGAAGACAUCCAGUAAGUGUAAGACACCCAGCAGCCAUCCCCAUGUGUCAAGUGGACUGAGCAGGGCCCAGAGUCCCAUCACUGUGGCUCCACCUCAUUCACUGAUAGAUGAGAUGCACAGUGACAAGAAGAUCAUGGAACUCGCCAACAAGAUCAUUCAGCUUUUGACUGGAGAGGAGGGGGAGUAUAUAGAGGAACACAGGGAUCUGUACAAGGACGUGAUGAUGGAGAAUCACCGGCCCCUCACAUCACUGGAUGGGCCCAGUAACAGAGAUACCCCAGAGAGAUGUCCCCGUCCUCUGUAUUCCCAGGAUUGUACAGAGGAGAAUCACAGGAUCCCACAGGAGCAUCAGGGUGAAGAUCAAACUGCUAUCAAGGCAGAAUAUAUAGAGGGAGAAGAAGAGACGUAUGUGACUGAUAUGAAGUCGGAAGAUAUAGAGGGAGAAGAAGAGACGUAUGUGACUGAUAUGAAGGCAGAAGAUAUAGAUGGAGAAGAAGAGACGUAUGUGACUGAUAUGAAGGCAGAAGAUAUAGAGGGAGAAGAAGAGACGUAUGUGACUGAUAUGAAGUCGGAAGAUAUAGAGGGAGAAGAAGAGACGUAUGUGACUGAUAUGAAGGCAGAAGAUACAGAGGGAGAAAAAGAGACGUAUGUGACUGAUAGGAAGGCAGAAGAUACAGAGAGAGAAGAAGAGACGUAUGUGAGGGGUGACCAGCAGUGUAAGGAGGAGGAAAUCCCUACAGAUAUCAGCACAGGUGGACGCAAAAUCGGGAAUACUUCGGAAGGAUCUUUCAUUUUGUCUCCAGCUUUUAAGAUGGAAUGUAACAACUUUGCAUCAAAUUCUCCCGGAGAAAACCCCAAUAACCUAAAUAUACAUCCUGUACUUCACAGUGCAGAUAUAUUAUCUAAUCCCUUUAACCAUGAGGAUUGCUCUCCUAAUGAUACAAAUAUCACUACACAAAAAAAAGCUUCUACGGGUGAAAGUGUGUUUUCCUGUUCUGAAUGUGGGAGAUGUUAUGCCUAUAAAUCAGCUCUUUUAAGACAUCGCAGGACGCACACAGGCGAGAAACCAUUUCCAUGCUCUGAGUGUGGGAAAUGUUUUGCAGUAAAAUCACAUCUAGUUGCACAUCAGAGACGUCACACAGCUGAGAAACCAUUUCCGUGUUCUCAGUGCGGAAAAUGUUUUGCAAACAAAUCAAAUCUUAUUACGCAUCAGAGAAGUCACGCUGGUGCAAGGCCAUGUCCAUGUUCUGAGUGUGGGAAAUGUUUUUCACAAAAUUCAGAACUUGUUAGACAUCAGAGAAGUCACACAGGUGAGAGACCAUUUCUAUGUUCUGAGUGUGGGAAAUGUUUUACACAGAAAUCACAUCUUGUUAUACAUCAGAGAAGUCACACAGGUGAGAGACCAUUUCAAUGUUCUGAGUGUGGGAAAUGUUUUACACAGAAUUCAGAUCUUGUUACACAUCAGAGAACUCACACAGGAGAGAAAGCUUUUCCAUGUUCCAAGUGUGGGAAAGGAUUUACGCGGAAAUCAUGUCUUGUAAAACAUUGGAGAAUUCAUGCACAGUGAAAGUAAUUUGGAAGUAUAAAGCAUUUUAUCUAAGAAACACAUUUCAUUAAACAUAGGGGCAGAUUCAAUUAGCCGCAAAGAAGGUUGUGCAACUUUUUACAAGGUUUAAAGCCUACGGCCAGGACUUGUUGCUAUUCACUUAGAUAUCUAUGUUAAGUUAACACAGGUUUCAAUGGGACAAAUUAUGGCUUUUAGUUUUCAACAGAGAAUUAGGAAAAAGUUAAAUAUCCGUAUACUGCUGUACCUCUGUUACACUCCUCGUUAUGUAUAAUAAUACCAUGCCAACAGCCGGAGACUACUGAGACGGCCAUAUCACUCGUUGCUGUCAUCGGUAAAAGGGGCGAUUUAUCAGAGUUGCAAAAAGGGGUGAUUAUUGGCUAUCAGGCCAAGGCUGGUGGUAUCUCUGACACAGCGCAGUGUGUGACCUGUCCGCGUGCUGCGGUGAAGGUGUAUCGUGACUGGACAAAUGGUACCAUUGUGAAUAACCGACAUGCAAACUGCGGAGCACCACGUGCCAUUGAUGUGUGAGGUGAACGUCUGCUACGAAGGUGCGUGAGGACCAACCGACACGCUACGGCGGAGCAGCUCACCGUCACAUUGAGCCUGGGUGCUACCAGACGUGCGUCUAACAUGACCCUGCUGCAGUCUGUGCUAUUAUUUGGUGGUCAUCACAUUACCCGACUGUAUUUCAGAUUAUAUUUUAUGAAUGUAUGUUAUAUAGGUUUUGUGUAGAUUGUUUGUGUCUAAUUUUAAACAAUAUUGUGUUGUUUUAAAAAGAAUUCUCCUAUCUCCUUUAUCAAUGAGCAGAUAUUUCACUCUGUAGAUUAUAAACCUAAAUAUGCUCAGUUUGUUUUUCUUUCUAAUCUCUACCCCAACAACUUCCCCCUUUCUCUGGUGAACCUGAAUCUCUCCAGGACCAGUGGUGCAAGUAUGCGGAUACGGAGUACCCUUAAGAAUUUGGCAGCGGGUACGCAGUACCACCUGCCACACACUUUGCCAUUACCAUAAUUAUAAUGUGCUACAAAGCAACAAGAGCAUGACGGCUCCUCCCACUUUGUCAGGGUUACUGGGAGGGCGACAGUGGCUGUAUUUUGCUGUUAUAAUGGAGGCAUUACUAUAUAUUGUUAUUAAAUUGUGGGCAUUACUAUAUAUUUCUAUUAUACUGGAGGUAUCACUAUAUAUUUCUAUUAUACUGGAGGCAUUACUAUAUAUUUUUAGUCUUGCUUCCAGAUUCCCCCCCAAAAAGGGGCUGUCAUGUGGCCACGCCACUAGUGUCAUGUAGCCACUCCCACUAGCAGCAUGUGACCACGCCCCCUCACAACACACGACCAUGCCCAUUUUUCGCCACUCAGUACCACUAAGAAAAUAUUUCUACUUGCACCACUGUCCAGGACCUACUAAAAGCUAAAACUGGCUUUGGUGAGACCUCUCAUGUUAAUAUAUAUAUUUCUCCAGAACAGAAAUCUUUGAUCUCCACCUCUGCCCCAGUCAAGGCAAAUUCUAGUUACCAGUGAAAAAGCACUGCCUUAAGUAUUUGGGUUUUUCCUAACUAGAUGCCCCAAGCAGCUUUUCUCUACAAAUUACCCUAAGCUGCUCGAUACCAUCUUGUAGGAUCUCAACAAAAUGAAUAUACUGGCCAGACUCCUUUGCUGUUCAGGAACUUCUGGUUCAUGCCCUUUCCUGAUGCCUCCACACCAUUCAAUUUAAAAUGUCCCACUGACUGUUAUCUGGAGAGAGAGAGACAAGUAAAGCUGAGGGUCCUUUUUAUACUCAUAAAGUAGAGCAUUUUGGGUUUCCCUAAUGUGCAACUUUAUUUUCUCACAGCUCGUCUCAUGCAAGGCGUUCCCUGGCACUCCAAACCAGACUGGGGCAUCAGAAUUGGUGCUCUCAGUGGAAUUGGUUCUUCAAUUCUGCUCUUCUUUGGGCACCACAGAAUUGUAAAUGUUCUGACUUAAAAAAAAUUCCCACAGUAGCAUUUUCCUGUUGAGUGUGGGAUUGAGCUGUGCAAACCUUUCUUCUAUCCUUCAGACGUCUCUCCGCCAGUUAUGAACAACCCAAAUUUUCAACCAGGAUGAACUAACAAUGCUUUCUAACAAUGGAUCCUAUGUGGCCUCCUCUUCCUCAUUGACAUAGCUCUACUUUGUAACUUCCCGUCUUAUGCCAAUGAUAGGGAUAGAUGUUGGCUUCCUAUAUCUCCUAAUUUGUCAUUUUUAUCAUAAUAAAUCCAUUAUUGAGUCGUGUUGACUCCGCACCCUGCAAGAGGUUUCCUUUCUGUAAUUUUAUACCUGUCAAAUAGAGCCCUGCCUAAGAAAAACAUGAAUUGGAUGGGUAACGUGAUGGAGGAGAAACAUCUAACAUGAAAACUUGAAAAUAGAUGUGUUAAUCUUGUUUCCUCCGCUACCUCGGUUCCCAUGAUAGAAAACUCCCUGAAAAUCUAGUUCCACAGCAUCUAAACAAAAUGUUCCAUGUAUUAUGAUAUUGUCCAAAAAAGUUAUCGGGCAUGAAAUGUAUCUUUUCACAUUACUUAUCUUCAUUCCCAUAGCGCAGCCUCAUAUUCCCUCUUAGCAAGGCCCAUCCCUGGUGUCCCAAAGUACACACAUUUAUGGAAUAUGGUAUAUACUGUUAAGUGUUGGGUUUCAGUCCAAGGGGUAAAUUUACUAAGGUGGGAGAUUUUUA